AUGACUUUAAAGGCAAUAACUUUACUGAAAAUACAGCGGGUUAUCAAGGUGGUGCAAUAUUCUACGAUUUAUGGAAAUGAUAUUGCUUCUUAUAGCUACAAACUUAAAAUCUUAAACACAGAUACCAGUUUCCUUAGAAAUCUGACGAGUGGAGGUUUGCUCUAAGCUGAUUCCUUAUAGUUAUUAUCAGUCAGCGGGAAUACUUUAUUUGUUGCAAUUAACGGUAUUUUUGAAAUAAAAGAUGUUUUACUUGUGGGUGAACCCUCUCAAGAAUUUUAAAUUAAAGCUUACACCUCAAAUGGAAUAAAUUCAGAGAACAUCAAGUUAUUUGAACCAAAUUUUGAUUCAACAUUAAUCAUAGACAUAUAUUUAAGAGAUUGUUUGCCUGGUGAGGUUCUGAUUUAAAAUUAAACUUGCAAUUUAUGCCCAGCUAAUAUGAAAUGUGAUGGAGGAAAUAUUCUUUAAGUAAAUAGGAAUUAUUGGAGAAGUAGUUUGAAUACAACAUCUAUUUUCAAAUGCCCAAAAGUUGGAGUUUGCUUGUAUGAUAUUAAGGUAGACUCUGUACAGAAUGCUCAAAAGACCUUGAUGGAGAUUAUUAUGCUAGAAGUAGUCAGUAUGAUUGCUCAAAAUGUCUUUCACUUACAGAGCAGAUAUCUAUAUUGA